AGGCCACGAGGAGCAUGACAGUGUAAGUAGUACUGCGCGGCUAAAAUUUGAAAAGCAGUGCAAGGCAGGACAAGUAAGUUGAAGUUUAGAAAGAGCACACUGAAUGCAAAAGUAGAAGAGAAAGAUAAAUUUAGAAGAUUCGUACAACACAAGACUUCCGCUAUGAAUAUGAAGUUUUAUUUUAACCAGCACUUUCGCCACUAAUUGUUACCCUGUUCUUGUUGAGUUGCACCAGCUACUCGCGCGUACUUGUGCUUCCUCGUAACGGUACAUGUAUACGGCGUCCAAACAAAAAGAAUGUCCAAGUCGCCCAUGCAAAUGACCGCAAAAGAAGGCGGCGCAAUGGGUGCCGGUUUCAUCGCGAUCGCACUUGUGUACCUGGUUUCCAGUAGUACCUUCCUUCCGACCUUUUCUUACAUGAAGCACGAGCUGAAGUUUCGACACCAGGCCCUCCUGAUUACCUGUUUCUUCUUGUUUCAAGCGAUCUGCCUGCCGGUCGGGUUGGCCAUAAAAUUCGUUUCAUGGGGGUGGGCCAGGUGCAAAGGGACGAAGCGGGAUGCCGCACAGAAGAGUGGAGAACACACGGGAGACAGAUCAUAUGAUUCGACUGAUGAGGAAGAUCAACAUGUCGGACCGGAACAGAAUGAUUGCGCAAAAGAGAAAAGUCAGAGCCGUCGCGGCGCCAUCCAUCGUCGUGAAGAGAUGAAGUCAUCUGGGGAUCUUGGUGAAGAUGACCCAGGAUUUGCAGACUUGGAGGACCCGAGCACAGCGACUGGAGUUGGGAAAGGAGAAGAAGAUGCGCUCGUGAUAGCAAAAACGCAGGAGCGGUAUCAAGCGCGACUAGCUCUAGGUUUUGGAAACGCAUCAUAUGGUAACACCGUAGACGACGAAGAGGCGGAGCGCCAGCAGCUUUUGCGGGAUGAGGAGAAAAUCCCUGACGCCAAGGUGGAAGCUGAAUAUCCGGUGAAAGCGACGGCGUACCUGAUUGUAGUCGGCAUAAUGGAAGUAGUGAAUAAGGUGUGUCAAGCCUACGCGACGGACCACUUGGGGUCCAGCUACGUGAUGCUGUUGGCAGCAACCAAGCUCAUCUUCGUCGCUUUGCAACGUGCUGCGAUGCUGAAGGAGCCUUGGCCACUAAAGAUUCAGCUGCUUGGCAUGGGCAUCGUCUUGAUCGGGUGCGCAAUGAGCGAAACAAGCGUCAUCCUAGACAACCACUUCUUCCCAGAAGACCAGCCGCAACUACAGGAUCCACACAGAGCGGUCGCUGGGCAAGUGAACAUCCGGCCGGUGACGCAGCGGGUGCGUAACAGUGGGAACGAGGUUGGGGCAAGCGCGGGUGAGAAUACUAAUCAUCUGCAGCAGCAACCACCAGCAGCCCAGAACGAUCCGAAUCCUGUGCCGGCUCGUCGUGUAAAGAGUUUCGGAAUCGGCAUCGCGCUGGCGCUUGCUGCUCCGCUGGCGAGCUCGUUCGGCUUUGUGUUUCAGGAGUUGGCCGGGAGGGUGUCGCCGACCUACUCUUCGUUUCUGGGAACCGGCGUCCAGGGCAUGACGUCAUUUGCCCUCGCAGUAGGUGUCUACGCGGUUCUGAUCCUGAAAAAGAAACAGCCGUCGUUUCCUUCUGCGCUGGAAGACAUCGGACAAUCGACAAUGAUGCAGGUCCUACUCGUGGUAUUUUUCGUCCUCGUCCUCACGGGGGCGGUGACCGGACUCGUGGUGAGCAGAAAAAACGCGACAAUCCGGGUACUGCUCGAGAACGUGCGACCUGUCCUAGUGUACUUUGUCGAGCCGCUCAUCCUAGUGUCUGACAACCUCGGGCGGACGCGGUUCUGUGCGGAUAGGUUCGAGGCCUGGAUCUCGCCGACGGGGCACGUGCUAAUCAUUUUCGGCGUACUAGCAUUCUUCCAGUGGUGGCCAUUUCACGGGAGAAACGGAAAAGGAAGUGCGAAUGGGAUAGAAUCAGAUGCAGAAAAGGACGCGGAAGAGGAUACUGAGCCACUGAGUCAUUCGCUGGUGGCACAGAAAAGUCGAAGACAAGAUAUGCUUGGAGGCAGCUGAGGAGAGUCUCAGUUUGCACUAUCACCAGACGCUCACCGGAAGCGAAGGUAGUAGCAGAAGAGCGUCGAUCAGAUUGCGCUAGACCUGAUCCCCUGAUUCCGAAUACCUGUUCGGCUGGGCGCGUUCCGUGGGCUUGGGACCUCCUUCACGACAGGCUCUUCAUACGCCGUGCAAAGCAUGCGCUCCACCGAAAAUUCUUCCGCCCUUUCCACAUAAAAUCGCAAAUCCCACGCUUUUUGCCUCAAUGAUUGGUUCUCUAAUCCUAAGGAUGCUUUCGAAGCAGCGACAUUUUUUUGCCUACGAGGAUAGAUUGCCGUUUUUGGGACAGAGGCACAAUUUUCAAGGAUAUUUGGAUGCGACGGGGUUUGUAGAUGUUCAUUUCAUAGGUCUUAUCAUCCGCCAACCGUCAUGAGUACUCAUGUGCCGCGUCAAGCCUGCUAUUUCUUUUCGC